GCUUCAAAUUUUCUCUUAAAUACGCAUUGGUCGCAUUGGUUAAAUUUAUAAGCAUCAUUUUGUGCUAGUCACUGGCGGUAGAUACAUUGUGUUUUAUUUCUCGUAAUUUUAUUUUCAAUAUUUCCUUUAAUUACACUUCGUAAAGAAGAUAUUCCGGAUACAAUGCUGCGGGUCGUGAGUAUUAUCGUUGUAUCCAUUCUAAUAAGCGAAGCGAUCAGUCACAAUCUAGAGUCAAACAAUGAACAAGAGAAGAAAUUUGAAGAAAUUCUGCAAUGGUUGCAAGAGAUACAGGAACGAAGCGGUAUAGACAAGCCUGUGACACAAGUUCGUGUUAAUUUCCACGACAACAAGCAAGAUGCUGGAGAGAAUUCUAACCGAGAUUCAUUAGCUAACCAAAAAUCACGACGAAGUAUAGUAAUAAGACGAGAUACACGAAGUGCAAACAAAGAUCCACCUCCAGUCGAUCAGGCAGUAUUAAUGGCCAGAUACGUCGUUAAUCAAGCUGAUUGGACAUCUGUAGCAACGAUAAGCACGCGAAAAGAUAUUCAAUCGUUUCCCGUUGCGAACGUGAUUUCUUUUAGUGACGGGCCUGUUGGGAGUGGAUCUGGAAUCCCGUAUAUGUAUAUCACCCCUCUUGACUUUACUGCUCAAGAUCUCGUCAAGGAUCAUCGCGCGUCUCUUUUAAUGACAUUAGCGCAAGGAAGUUAUUGUAAAAAUAAGCAAUGGGACCCAAUGGAUCCGCGGUGUGCUAGAGUUAUCUUAACUGGAAAGAUUAAAGGAUUAAAUGAUAAGAGUGUAGAGUAUCAACGUGCAAAGCGAGCGGUUUUUGGUCGUCACCCACAUUUGAAAAAUAUGCCUCCAGAUCAUGAUUUCUUUUUCGUCAAGUUGAAGAUAUCAGCGAUUGCCUUAUUGGAUACCUUUGGUGGACCGAAAUAUAUUGAUGUAAAGGAUUAUUUGUAUCCGCCAGUAAAUAAUAUUACAGAAGCAGUGCAACAUUUUUUAUUGAAGCGACAAGCUUCUGAAAGCUUGAAGCUUCUUGAAGAUUCUGAAAAGAAUUUUGAUACAGACUUGGACGUUCCAAUUUAUCAGGCUCACAGAAUAACAUAAAAUUACUCAUAUUUAAAGAGAUAUUUUUAAUUAAU